AUGGAGAACAACGAAAACGCUGACCUUGUGGAAGAACCAACAUCGCCAAGUUUAGAAAGGAAGCAACGUUAUUUUAUUCUCGAGCCAGCUGUCUUGUUGGUGUUCUUCGCCUGGAACAUCUGCAGUGCCGUCUUUACGAAUCAGAUCGUUUACCAAACCUGCACUUUUGUAUUUAAGAAAAAUGAAUCGUUAUGCGCCCAACUUGGGACGGUUAAUGAAACGGAGGAGAUACAAGAGCUCGAGAAGGCUAUUCAGCCCUACACGUCGAAUAUAAUGAUGGCAAAGGCAUUAGUGGAGUCUGUGUUUCCCGCAUUUUGUGGGAUUUUUAUUGGACCCUGGUCAGAUCGAUAUGGGCGCAAACCGGUACUAGUGGCUAGCUUUGUUGGGUCAUUUCUGACCUACUCCACCUUGGCCCUGAUUAGCUUUAUAUCAAUGUAUUAUUCGAUCAAUCCUUGGUAUUAUGUUCUUGCCUAUAUCACGACUGCUUUAUCCGGUGGAACUCCUAUGCUGAUUACCGGAGUGUUUUGCUACAUUGCGGACGUAACGACAGAAAAGAAUCGUGCUACAAAAAUGGCGAUCGUAGAAGCGGCUGUAUUUACUGGGCUUCUGGCGGGAACUUUAAGCAGCAGUUAUAUUCUUCAAUGGACGAACAGUGCUACUGUGUUUACCGUCGCUGCUGGAUCAGUGUUUCUAGGAGUGUUAUAUAAUAUUUUUUACAUCGAAGAAAGCAUAAAACCGCAUGAAUUGGCCGAAUCAAACUCCAAGCUGCGAGAACUAUUUCGAUUUGAUUUAGUGUCGGAGCUGGUACAGACUUGUUUCAAGCACCGGCCAAAUUAUGAUCGGUUAAUAAUAUGGUUAGUGAUAUUGGCUCUUGCGGCUAACAUAUUUGCUAUGGAUGGCACGGCUACAGUUUUUAUACUCUUCUUGCGAGAACGGUUUGAAUGGACAGUGAAAGACUAUUCCUUUUACGAUGCCACAACUAUUAUCUUGAUGAUCUUCGGUAACACGAUAGGGUUGUAUGCUAUUAAAAAAGUGUUUAAUCCAUCUGUAACCAUGCUAGCUGCGCUUGGGUUCAGCUUCUAUGCAAUCAAUAGCACAAUCCAAGGGAUGGCAUCCGAACCGUGGCAUUUAUACAUGGGUGCAUCGAUUUGUUUUAUGAAAGGAAUCGCAGGCCCAAUGAGUAGAGCAGUUAUAUCUAAUACGGCUCCUGCCACAGAUAUUGGAAAGAUAUUUUCAUUGACAACAUCGAUCGAAUCGAUAACUCCACUAUUAUCCGCUCCUCUCUACACAUAUGUGUACAAGAGUACCUUGGCUUGGUAUCCUGGCGCAUUUAAUCUGAUCACUGCCAUGCUAUAUUUCAUCUGUGCGUGCCUUCUGAUAUUCGUGAGAGUAUUUCAAAGUAUGUAUCAAAGCAUAAAUUACAUCUCCGUUAAUUAGAGCUUUUAAUGAUAUAAAUUUCAUCAAAACUUUUUUAUACUAAGAUGGAUUUGGGGUUUAAUCUACCUUCAUAAACGAA